AUGAUAAGUUAGAAAUAAUUGCCCAACAUUUCAAGAACACCUCAAGCCAAAAGUUUUCACUCAAUUGAACAUUUAUUCAACUCUUCUUAAAAAUAAUCUAAAUAAUUUCACGAUAAUUCGUUAAAAUCUCUUCAUAACAUUAGUAAUGUCUCAUUCAUUCGAAAUGAUAAACAUGAGGUUAAACAAGAUGUAUUUAUAUUGUAAAAUGUCUUUAGUAAUAUUAUGCAUCUCCAUUGUUAAGCAAAUCUCAAAUGUUUGAAGUAGAGAGGCAAAGCAGACAAAGAAGAAAUGAAGUUUAUUCUCAAAUGCUUAGUGAAAAUCCAUUCAAAUUUAAUAAUGAUUCCUAAGAAGACAUAGUUCCUGAAUAUCCUCGAAGUACUUACAAAAAUUUAUGCAAAUAUUAGAAGUAUCUUCUAUUCAUGUGAAUUUAUUUGAUUUAAGAGAUAAAGAGAAAUUAGCAUAAUUAUUACAUGAAACUAGUGAAUUCUCUGAUAAAUUGUCCUAACAUGUCCCAUAAACAAAACCAGCAAAUGUUCUAAUUCAAAGAUAAGAUGUUAUAAAAUUAGCUUAAUGGAUUGAUUAUUAAAUGAAAAUAAUUGUAGUUGAUUCAAAACUUAAAGAAGAGAAGUUACUUAUAUAAUUGGAAUAAGUAUUUAAUUAGAGUCUCAAAGAAUUAGUUAGAGAAAUAUCAAUUGAUUGUGUAGAAAAAGGGUAAUAAUUUACUUGUAAUUAGAGUAUUAUUGGAAAAGAUUUGGAAUCAAUAUGUUAAUUUUAAUAAUAUAGUCAUUUCAGCAAAUCAGUAGGAUACAAUUAAUUAAGAAAAAGAAUACUUAAAUCAAUUAAAAUAAGUAAUACUAAUAUUAAUCUAGGUUCAUUAAACAUACUAAUUAUCAGUUUAAGUUUAUGAAGACAAAGUUAAAUUAUUAGAAAAAUAAAUACAAUAAUAAUAAUCAAAAUAUGAAGAAAAAAUUAUGGAUUUUGAUAAUCUAAAUUCUAAAUAUAAACAUAUUAUCUAAAAAUUUCAAGAUUUAAAAUAAGAAAAUGAUGAACUAAAAAAUAAUUAUUGUAUAACCAUGAAUGAAAAUGAAGAAUUAUCCAUUAAAAAUAAUUCUUUAUUGAUUGAAAAUUAAAAAAUAUUCAAAUAACUUAAUGAUAGAAUUAAUCAUAGUCUUUAAAAAUCAAAAAGAGGUUAAAAUGCAUAUGGAGAUUUUGAUGAUCAUAAAUCAACUAGUUGUUAUGAUUUAUAUUCUACUAUGGAAAUACAUGUCAAUAAAUUAACUUAAACAAAUGUUCCAGAUAAAAUUUAAUAAUAUGCUUAAACUGAUUACAGAUAUUUCAAACAAGUAGGUGUUUAAUGUGACAAUUUAGAUAUAGAUGAAUAACUCAUUUCAUCCCCUUAAUCAUCUAUUAAUAGGUAAUUUUUAUUAUUUUUAUAGAAAUAAUUCCAAUCCUCCUAAUUCAGAAAUUAGAAAAAUUAAGGAAAUCAAUUUUGCUUUAGAAGAAAGAGUUCGACUAGAGAUUUAAGUACAAGAUCAAUUAAAAAAAUAAAAAUAAUUAAUUUAAAGAGAAGUUGAAGCAUAAUAAAUUAAAUUAACUAAUUAAGAUAAUUUAAUUGUUCAAUUAUAAAAAGAUAUUGAAAAUUUAUAAUAAUAAUUAGAUAAGAAAAAUGAUAAUAAAUAAAGAGAAAUGACAGUUGUUAGUAUUGAUUAAUAAAAUACAGAUUAAUAAAUGACAUUAGGUCCUCAAUAAACUACUUCUUCAAUCAAAACAAAUUUAAAAAUUGAAUCACAAAAUAAAAUUCAUGAGAAUGUAUCAGAUUUAAAUAAAUUAACAUAAAGUUAAAAAUCUAAAUAAUUAAUAAAUUUAGAAGUAUCCAAAUAAUCAUAAUCAUAAUCAUCCUAAUAAUUUAAACAAACAAAUUCAACUGGAUUAAGCAAAUUAAGUUCAAUUGAAACAAAAGAUUCAAAAAAAUAAGUUAAGUCCUUUAAAAAUUCUACAUAAAUAAUACCAAGAAGAUAAUCAUAAAAUUCACUACAUGUUAGCAACUCUUAAGAAUUAGAUAAGAAUUAAAAUAAUGAGGAUCCUUUAAGUAAACUUGUUAAUGAUUUUAUGAUUGAUACAAAAAAUAAUCAUAAUUAAAGAUCUAGUAUUGUUUAAUAAAGAAGAUAAACAUAACAAUAGAAUUAUAUUAUGAUAUAAUAAGAAAAAUUAUGUAAAGAAUUAUUAUUUAUCAUUAGAAUAGAAAUAAUAAAAAUUGAAAAGGGAAAACAUUUAUGUAGAUGUCGCUUUAGCCUUUAUAAGUUAAUUAUAGCAAGAUUUUAAAUAAAAUCCAGAUUAAAUAGAAAAUACAAUAACUCUAUAAAACAUAUUAAAAUAAGUUUCCUUUUUCUAUAAAGAAAGAUUGGAAUAAAAAUAUCCAUUAUAUGCUAUUUGUUAUGAAUAUUUUAUGAAUCAAUAUGGAUUAAAGAAUGUUGCUGAAUAAAAAAUGACAUAAUUUUGUUAAAGCUUAAUAUUUUACUAAUAAAAUCAUAGAAUUAGAUUAUUCUCUAGAUUUUUAUAAUUAAAUGAAGGAAUAUCAAAUGAAGAUCUAGAUUUUUAUAUAUAAUCAUUAUCAACUCUAGAUGAACAUUCUAAUUCAUUAAAUUUGUUAUACUGUAAUUAAAAUAAUGAUUGCAUAUAUGUUAAGUAAUCUAAAAUAUAAAAAUAAUUAAUGAUAUUAAAUGAAAAAGGAUAAGAGAUACUAGAAUAACUCAAAUAAGAUUAUAAAAUAAUAAAAAGUGAGAUAUAUGUUGAUUUAGAUUAAUAUUAUUUGUUUUGCCUUGAACAAUUUUAAUAUUUAAGAAAAAUAUAAUAAGAUAAUUUUCAUGAACUAUUUUUGGCAAUAGAUGUUGAUGAUAAUUAGAUCAUAAAUAUUGAAGAAUUUUUAAUAUUAUUUAAUUUAAUUGAAGAUAAUUAAAAUUAUUUAUUGUAUAAAAAAUUAUUUUUGAAAGAGAUUCAAAAUAAUGAUGGAUUAAACUUUUAUUAAUUUGGAAUGUUUUGCAUGCAUAAUAAUUUGUUUACAAAGUAAAGAUAGGAUAAUUUCUUUUUUUCAAAUUAAGAUAGCAUAAAUUCUAUAUAUAAUAAUUGGGGAUAUUAAAGAAAUAUCAUUACUGGUAGAUUGAAAUAGUCCAAUUGUUUUAAUUAAUAUUAUUAGAAUUUAAUUAGGAAAUUAGAUAAUGUAUAUUAUAAAAUUUAAUAUUAUUAGGCUUUAAAAAAUAAUUUAAGUUAUACUUGGAAUUUAUGGAAAAUCUUAGAAGAAUAAUCCAAAAAAGUAUUCUUGGAUACUAUAAUUAUGAAUUUUAUAGGAAAUAAUUUAAAUAGCAUAACUGAAAAAUAUGAAUUUUUAUUCUCAAAAGAUUGA